CCCAGACUCAUCAGCCCUUCCCCACCGCUAGGGUUUUGCCGAGGGAAAGAAAAAACCAGAGCGAGAGCAAGUGGAGUGAUCGAGAUGUUCCUGGGAGCAAUACCUCGGCGGCCGGACAAGGCCACGGCGUACAAGCAGCUGAAGACCCACCUGGCUAUCAUGGGCGCGUGGGUUGCCGUCAUCCGUGUCACCCCUUACAUCCUCCACUACCUCUCCCAGGAAAAGGAGGAGCUCAAACUCGAACUCUAAAUGGAUUUUCUGCAACCGAUUUGAGGAUUUUGGAGGACGGUAUUAAUGCUUUAACCUGGUGAUAGGUUUCCAUGUAUGAGCGGGAACACUUGCCUUUUCUUUUUCUUUUAACAUUGCACUUAAUGGUUGUUUCACCCAAAUAGUGCUUUUAUAAGACCAGAUAAAUUUGAAUUCUGUAUGUUGGUCUGUCAAGUUUGUAAUGAUACUUAAGAUCAUGGUAUGUUGUUAUAUUCGCGCUAUUUGAUUGUUCUGUUUUUAA